CGAGGAAUUCAUUUCCAGAAGAAUGGGUGUGCAAGCUCAGACAGUCAUCACAUUACUGCUGAUGAUAAACUUAUCAGGAGGAAUUAAAAUUCUGGAUCUUCUCGCUGACUACGGACUCAGAACUACUUAUGACAUCAAAACCGAAUCGUUACCAAGAUUUUCGGAGUACGACUUCAUCGUCGUUGGUUCUGGACCUGGUGGGUCUCCAGUGGCCAGUCGUUUGUCAGAGAACAACGACUGGAGGAUCCUACUUCUGGAGGCGGGUAGACCGGAGGGGCUUCUACACCAGAUACCGAUGCUGGCGGGUUCUUUCAUAAACUCUGAAUACGAUUGGCAAUACAGGGUCGUGCCUCAGAAGAAGGCCUGCUUGGGGAUAACAGAUCGACGAUGCACCUAUCCAAAAGGUAAAUCAUUGGGUGGAACGAGCUCCAUAAAUAGUAUGGGCUACUCUAGAGGACACAGACUCGAUUACGAUCAUUGGGCGGAGCAAGGAAACUAUGGUUGGUCCUAUGAUGAUGUCCUACCAUAUUUCAAGAAAAGUGAGAAGGCCAGCCUCCGAGAAUUAGUUGAUGAGUCGUAUCAUGGAAAAAAUGGGAAUGUCCACGUGCAGAAUGCUCCCUGGCGCACCCGUCUGGCCCAGGCUUUUUUACAAUCAGGAAAACAACUGGGAUAUGAUGUCAUCGACUUCAAUGGACGAGAGCAGGUUGGUUUUUCGUACAGCCAGCUGACAAUGCUGAAUGGUGCACGAUGCAGUGCCUCCAAGGCAUAUCUGGAGAUCAAACGAUCUAACUUAGAUAUUGUACCCGAAGCAAGAGUAUCAAGGGUACUAAUUGAUGAUAAUAAUGAGGCUUAUGGUGUGGAAUUCGUAAAAAACAGAAAAUCUUAUCGGAUCAGCGCUCGUAAAGAGGUCAUUCUAUCAGCUGGGGCCAUCGAGACACCAAAACUCCUGGUGCUAUCUGGAAUCGGACCUGAAGAACAUCUCCACGAAUUGGGAAUAAAAGUUGUCAAGAACACCAGAGUCGGAUACAAUCUCCACGAUCAUGUGGGCUUUGCUGGGCUUACAUUUUUGGUGAAUCAAAGUGUUACCUUAAUUUCCAAAAAAAUGCAAACACCAAAGUCUGUACUUCAGUACGCCAUUCACGGAAGUGGACCAUAUUCGGUGGCUUCUCUGAACGAAGCAGUGGCAUUGAUUCGCACAAAAUAUGCAACCGAUGCUCGACCGGAUGUUGAAUUGAUGUUUCGAGCAGCGACUUUUAACGCAGAUUCCGCUGGAAGUUCGGCACGAGCACGUCGUGUCAUUCAGAACAUCUUUGAUACCGUUUGGAGACCGAUUGUGGGUCAAGAUGCUUUCACUAUUUGGCCAGUCGCACAGUUUCCACGAAGUAACGGACGGAUCAAAUUGAAGUCAGCUAGUGUUGACGACGAUCCAAUCAUCGAUCCCAAUCUUCUGGAUGAUGACAGGGAUGUGGAGACUCUCGUUGAAGGUAUUAAAUUGGCGAUUGAGAUAUCGAAAUCGAAGGCCUUCAGUCCGUUUGGUACGAAACUCCAUGAUGUCAAGAUUCCAGGAUGUGAGGUAUUAGAAUUCGCUUCGGAUGACUACUGGCGUUGUGCUAUUCGACAUCUAACGCUCGCUCUUAAUCAUGACAUGGGUACUGCCAAAAUGGGUCCCUCCUCUGAUCCUGCUGCUGUGGUUGAUCCUGAAUUGAGAGUUCAUGGAGUCAAAGGGUUGAGAGUCGUCGAUGCUUCUGUUAUUCCUGUGAUGCCAGUGGGUCAUUUGACAGCAACUGUCUAUAUGAUCGCUGAGAAAGGUGCUGACAUGAUAAAAAAAUCAUGGCAGAGUUAGCAGUGGGACUGAAAAAGUAGAACACGUCGAGUUUCCUAGACAACUAGGACUGAAAGUGGGCUUCGUGCUUUUCUAAUUAGCCAGUGAUUUAUGGGCAUUAUUGUUUCUCAUUAUGUACUCAUUUAUUCUGGAAAAAUCAAUAAACAUCCGCUUCGAUUA